AUGCAAGAGGCAAGAGGCAAGAAGCAACAUGCAAGAGGCAAGAGGCAAGAAGCAACAUGCAAGAGGCAGAGGCGAGAAGUAAGAGGAGAAGGCAAGUGGCAAAAGGCAAGAGGCAAGAAGCAACAUGCAAGAGGAAAGAGGCAAGAAGCAACAUGCAAGAAGCAAGAAGCAACAUGCAAGAGGCAAGAAGCAAGAGGAAAGAGACAAGAGGCAAGAGGCAGAAGCAAGAAACAAGAGGCAAAGACAAAUGGCAAAAGUCAAGACGCAAGAAGCAACAUGCAAGAGGAAAGAGGCAAGAAGAAACAUGCAAGAGGCAAGAGGCGGAAGCAAGAAACAAGAGGCGAAGGCAAGUGGCAAAAGGCAAGAGGUAAGAAGCAACAUGCAAGAGCAACAUGCAAGAGGCAACAUGCAAGAGGCAAGAAGCAACAUGCAAGAGGCAAGAAGCAACAUGCAAGAGGCAAGAGACGAGAGGUAAGAAGAAGCAAGAGUCAAGCAAAAAGCAAGAAGAAGAAGCAAGAGUAA